AUGGAGGUGGUAUCAGGGGAGUUGAUCAAACCAUCAUCUCCAACACCCCAUGCCUGUAGAGACCUAAAACUGUCCUUGCUAGAUCAACUUAUGCCCUCCAUUUAUGUUCCUCUUAUCUUCUUCUAUCAAAACAGGUCCUCAUGCCCAAACAAUAUCGACCAAGCCAAAAGAUGCCAACAUCUAAAACAGUCCUUGUCUGAGGUCCUAACAAAAUUCUACCCAUUAGCUGGAAGGACCAAUCAAAAUCUUUCUGUUGAUUGUAAUGACUCCGGAGCACUAUUUGUCGAAUCUCGAGUUCAUGCUCACCUCUCACAAGCAUUAAUCCAGAGCACUACCGUAGAGGAACCGAACCAAUAUCUCCCCUUUGAACCUUUUUAUGCUUCUAGCAAGAAUAACUUGAUGUUAGGUAUCCAAAUCAGUUUCUUUGAAUGUGGAGGAAUGGCUGUUGGGGUAUGCAUCUCACACAAGUUAGCUGAUGCUAUGUCCUUUGUGACAUUCAUGAAUGCAUGGGCUGCCACAUGUCGCAGCCAAGCUGAUGAAGUUGUGCAACCUGAUUUUGAAUUAGCAGGGCAUCUUUUUCCUCCAGCAAACAUUCCCUUAACUACUCAUGAUUUCAUGUCACUGGAAGAGAAAGAAAGUCUAGUCACCAAAAGGUUUGUGUUCGACAAGGAAAAGUUAGAUGCACUCAAACAACUUGCUUCCUCCUCAGCCUCGGGAAGUUCAGUAAAGGAUCCAACUCGGAUUGAAGCAGUUUCAGCUUUUAUGUGGAAGAAUUUAAGCAGCAUCACCCAGGCUAAGGUUGAUCACAAAACAAAUUUUCUCGCGUACCAUGGCGUGAACUUAAGACCGAAAAUGAGCUUGCCUGGUGACCGAUUAGUCUUUGGCAACUUGGCAAUUGCCACAACAGCUUUAUUAACAAUGUCUGAUCAAGAUGAUCAUGCUAAAAAAUAUUGUUAUGAUCUAGUAGGGCUCUUGAGGACCGCAAUCAGAAAAAUCAAUGGUGAGUAUAUCAAGCAUGUUCAAAGUGGAGUGCCUUAUUUGAAUACCUUAGAGAAUAAUAUAAAGGAACGACUUGCUAAGCAGCCAAUGAUAAUUUGUAAGUUUACCAGUUGGUGCAGAUUUCCGGUAUAUGAAGUGGACUAUGGGUGGGGCAAGCCUAUUUGGGUGGGCACUAAAGUUCCCCCUAUGAAGAAUUGUGUAAUUUUCCUGGAUUCAAGUUGUGGUGAUGGAAUUGAAGCAUGGGCUAACGUGGUGGAGGACGAAAUGGCUAUGAUCCCAGACGAGCUUCUUUCACUCGCAACCGCUGAUAGUACAGCCAGAGUCCAUAAUCAGUGA